AGUUCAUAUCCAUUUCAUAAACAGCAAGUCUAAGCCUAAAUUUCCCGCAAACACCAUUUUAUCAUCGUAACGGUACCUAAUUCCUUGUUUUCGGUGAAAAAGCAAAUAAAAGCGUGGACUCUCUCAGAAGUGGACUGACACUGAACGAAUAAGUAAGACAGUAAGUGGCAAGUGUGUGUUGUAAGUCCAUUCGAACAGGUCCAUCAUUUCAAGACAAUCUAUAAUAUUCUACCUGUUGCCGCAAAAUAAUAAAAAUGGAAAGUUUCAAGAAGGUUUUGGUAGUUUUAGUGUGCGUAGGCUAUAUCAGUUGUCAAGGUUUCAAUGACAUAGACAUCGAUGAUGGACUGAAGGACUUGCAGGAGAACAUCCCGGAAUUGGGAAGCCUCAACAGAACCAACUUGCCAAAUGCGGAGGACGUAGAAAAAGUUCUGAGGGAUAAAUGCGCCCAAAAUGGGGCUACUGAUGCAGUCGAUCUCUUGAAGGCAGAACAAGAAAAUGCAAAACUAUGCAUAGAGGCCUACGUGAACGUGACUGUAGUACAAGAAGAACUGGGAGAAGCUGAAAAAUCCGGUUCGAUGGACGAAGUUUUCGGAAAAUAUUGCAAACUCUGGCCCGAUAUGUACGCUUGUUUUGAGAAUGCCACUAACAUUGCCAGACAGUGUAUGGCUGGACAAGAAGAGACUUCUUUCAACCGAAGUUUGGUCAUUUUGAAUGAUCUACAAGAAUUCGUGUGCUUCAAAGAUGGAGAUAGAUUAGCUAUGUUUGUCGCUGAAGGUGGCGUUGAAUGCGUGAAAGAACGGAAAGAUGAAGUCCAAAGAUGUUUCAACGAGACUUUGGGAUCCAGGAUUCCGAAUUCCGAUGAACUUUCAAUCACCAGUUUGCCUACGUUCAUGUUCACCCAGAGAGAUUGCGAUGAUUUUGAUAAAGUCCGCACUUGCAUCAACACAGAACUAGAAAAAUGCAAGGAAAGCACUCCUGCCAACAUUGUCGAUGCAUUCUUCAAGUUUUUGAAGAAACAAAUGCCUUGCGAGAAAACGACUCCUUCGGAUGAGAAAAUCGCGUCUCUGGGAAAAUCUGAGAAAAGGAAAACUUCUACCAGUUCCUCUAGUACAUUCUCAGUAACUCUUUCAGUAUUCAUUUUUACAAUUUCUUGUGUCAGGUUUUUCAGAUGAUUGUUUGUAUUUUUUAAGACUGAACUCGAUAUGUUUCCUUUAGAGGAUUCUCAGUUUAGCUGGUUUUUACUGAAAAUGAUACCGGUGGUGCUCUGGUGCUCAAACAUAUCUUGAGAAUUAUUAUUUGGAUUAGCUGAUGCAACUAUGUAUCGAUAGGUACUUCUGUUUUUCAUUUUAUACUGAUACUUGAUUUCAUACAUCGUUUUUAUAUGUCGUUUCUCAAUCAUGAGUUGGAAACAAAACUAAAGAAUCAUAUGUGAUAUUUGUGUAGGUUCUAUAAUAGUAGAUAUCUGGAAACUUGUAUUAAUUUGACUUUUAUAAUGGAUGAUGUGGAAUGUGGAAAUAAAUGAUGAUUUAAAAGAUAUCCGAUAUUGACAUGAUUUUCGUGAGAUAAAUAAUUCCGAAGAGUUAUAUUAUUUGUUUCAUCCACUUGCCCAAUUGAGAGAGUAGGUGAACC